UUAUUAGAAGAAAAAAAAAUAGUCUGAUCUAGUUCUGUGUUCAUCUUGAUUCUUGAUCUUGAAUUUUGUAAUUUUACAGUUCUUCAAGCUUGUCUAGUGGUAGUUCAGCUCGUGAAGUAUGUCAGAAAUGAACGGAAUCGAUUGUGUUUCGGAUCUCGAUGUGUGUAAAGUACAAGAAUUAUCUACGGCCAAUUCGUGGGUCAUCCAAAACUAUUCGGGUCUUUGCGCAGUACGUAAAAAGUUUCGAUCUCCCUCUUUUACAGCUGGUGAUGAUGAUUUAAAGUGGUCUUUGGAGCAUAAAAUCUCACGGAGACAGGAUGAAGAUUAUGUUUCCUUUGUAUUGCUUCCGGUUUCUGACGAUAAUUUUAAAAAGUACGAUCAUGUAUCUGGAAAUUUGAAAAUUUCAUUGAGCAAUAAUGGUACCGAUACUGGCGACUUUAAACCUAUGAAAGAAGGUACCUUCAAGAUUAGCUGUGAUGGACCCGCCCGACGUUUUGAACUGUGUUUUUGUACGCUUUCCACAUGUAUGGAUAACCGGCACCGUCGAAGUUUUGAUCGUUUACAUGUUGUUUGCAACCUGAAAUACUUGAAAACUACUUUAUGGAGCUCGAAUCCGUUUAAAACUAUCCAGUGCAGCCUUUCACGAGACCUCGAACGGAUCCAUAUCGAAGAAGAUUUCAGCGAUGUGACUAUUUCAGUUAAAAAUAAAAAUUACCCGGUUCAUAAAGCGAUCUUAGCUGCACGCAGUUCGGUUUUCAGGGCCAUGUUUAAAAGCAAUAUGCGAGAAAGCCAGAAAAAUCACAUUACCGUUACAGAUAUAGACCAAGAUGUUUUUCAAGAAAUGUUACACUACAUUUAUACUGGAAAGACGAAAAAUUUGGAAGUAUUAGCCUUCGAAUUACUCCCAGCGGCGGAUAAAUACGAUCUGAAAGAUUUAAAGACGAUGUGCGAAGAAGCUUUGUUCAAGAGAUUAGCUCCCGACAACGCACUCAAGAUUCUAAUAUUGGCAGAUAUGUAUCAUGCUAAAAAGUUAAAGACCCUCGCUAUCCGAUACAUCAAGCGAAAUGCUGCCAAUUGCAAGGAUUUCAAAAGCGAUGAAAUUUUGAAAGUCUUGAAAACGUCUCGUCCUCAGUUGAUGGCAGAUAUAUGCUGGCUGAAUUCUUGAAA